AAAGGGGUGGGGGAGAGAAGCGAUCGCGAGAAAAAAAAAAUGCAACCUCCCAAAAUAAAGAGCAAAGAUUGCAUUAGGAGCGAACAGCGCUGCAGAAAUAGAUGGCAGCUUCGUGUCAGUGAGUUUGCGUCCCCUUCCUGAUCCACGAGCUGGAGUGAUUAGAGCUGGAAGGGAAUUGUGACUCCCGUGAAGUCCCCUCUUCCUGGCAGUCAGCUGCAUUGUACACGCUGGAUGCCUCUCCAUCCACCCCACUCACUCGCUCCUCUCGCACCUCGCGCCCUCGCUCCUGCAUUGAUUUUUUUUUUUCCUUUUUAGUUGACUGAAACAAAACAAAACAAAAGGGCCACUGGAUGUCUGCCUUCUUGGGGGGUAAGCCAGACAGACUGACAGACAAACAGACCCCACUGUGCUCGGGGGAGGGCUUGUCGUCCCGCGUUGCCCGGCCGCAGCAGCAUGGACGUGUUGGCUAGUUAUAGUAUAUUCCAGGAGCUACAACUUGUCCACGACACCGGCUACUUCUCAGCUUUGCCGUCCCUGGAGGAGACCUGGCAGCAGACAUGCCUUGAAUUGGAGCGCUACCUACAGACAGAGCCCCGGCGGAUCUCAGAGACCUUUGGCGAGGACUUGGAUUGUUUCCUCCACGCCUCUCCUCCCCCGUGCAUCGAGGAAAGCUUCCGGCGCUUAGACCCCCUGCUGCUCCCCGUGGAAGCCGCCAUCUGCGAGAAGAGCUCCGCAGUGGACAUUUUGCUCUCUCGGGACAAGUUGCUCUCCGAGACCUGCCUCAGCCUCCAGCCAGCCAGCUCUUCUCUGGACAGCUACACAGCCGUCAACCAGGCCCAGCUCAACGCAGUGACCUCAUUAACGCCCCCGUCGUCCCCUGAGCUCAGCCGCCAUCUGGUCAAAACCUCACAGACUCUGUCAUCCGUGGAUGGCACGGUGACGUUGAAACUGGUGGCCAAGAAGGCUGCGCUCAGCUCCGUAAAAGUGGGAGGGGUGGCGGCGGCGGCAGCAGCUGUGGCACCAGCUGGGACAGUUAAGAGUGGACAGAGCGACAGUGAGCAAGGAGGGCUAGGGGCGGAAGCAUGCCCCGAAAACAAGAAGAGGGUGCACCGCUGUCAGUUUAACGGGUGCCGGAAAGUUUAUACAAAAAGCUCCCACUUAAAGGCCCACCAGAGGACUCACACAGGUGAGAAGCCUUACAAGUGCUCAUGGGAAGGAUGCGAGUGGCGUUUUGCACGGAGCGAUGAGCUCACGAGGCACUACAGGAAACACACAGGUGCAAAGCCCUUUAAAUGCAACCACUGCGACAGGUGUUUUUCCAGGUCUGACCAUCUUGCCCUCCAUAUGAAGAGACAUAUCUAAAAACCAUGAAGGCCAGAGUUGCCAUGGCGUCGGCUGAUGUCUGAAGGAGAUGCCGGGUGGCAGGGGGCUGGACUUCCGGUGGGGACCCACUGCCUCGCAGAAGAAAGUUCUCGCUUAGAAACCUCUGUGUACACACACACACACACACACACACCCUCUCACACGCAGACCCACACACACCCACACUGUCAUGCACUCAACUAUAUUUAAAAUAUAUACGUCUAUUCCUUAUGCCUUGCCCUAGCCAGAUGGUAGAAGACAAAGAAAAAGGAAACCAGGUGGACUCAGCAAGGCAGACUGGCUGCUUACUUCAGCGCUAUUGGAAUUACUUCCCGCUGUUGCCAAGGGAAAUCAAAGCAAAUGGAUGCGACGUCUCUGCCGGUGGACGGCAGUACGAGGGGCUUAUUUAACUUGCUUCUCCAUGCAACUUGAUAGGAGAGUCCAGCGUCUUAAAGUUGCUUAUGUGUAGCACUAAUGUUUCUUUUUAAAUAGUUGGGGGAAAAAUGACCUAGAAAACCAAAUUGCAGUUUGGUAGCCAAAAUUAACUCUUGGUUUAUUUGUCCUUUGUGUGUGAAAAGUCCUACUAUUCUGUGCGUCAGACUUCCUCACAGGACUGUUGAUUGGUUUUGGUUCUUCUUAGUACCAUUGAGAUCUUUCGAGUUGAUACCAACGGCCUUAGCGGCGGCAGACUCUGGAAUAACACAUUGUUGUUACACCUUUCUGGCCUGCAUCUCUCUAGACUUCACUCUCCAGGGAGGAGUUUUCUUUACUUACUUUUUGACUCUUGCACACCAUAUGCACUAGGGAUUCCGGAAACUUCUAGCAUGACUGCAAAGUGGCCAAGAGAAUAAAGUCCUUGAUGAUAUAUCACAGUAUAUCCCUUGAGCCUCACCUUAUUGCCAGUGCUAGAUUUUUUCUUUUUAAUCUCUCUGUUUUUUGCUAAGGAAAACUUGAAAAGCUUAUUUGGAAGCUUAAAUGUUUUAUCUUUUCUCCAUGGACCUAACCUCUCCAGGAUACUGUCGGCACCUGGAUGUCCAGCUCUCAAAGCAGCCGAUCAGACCGGACAUCACAGUUCUUUCAUCUUCCUUGAGGCACGAUGACCUCAGCCCAUAGUGCUCCACCACUGUGCUGUGUGUCACUGCUACCCUAUAACCAGUUACAGCCUAGAUGUCACUAGUGUCAAAGGGCAGCUGCGUACUUAAUCUAACUCUGGGUCAUGACCUGACAAAAGCCAAAAAUACCACUCUUUUCAGGAGUGGGGAAAACUGAGGAUGCCUCCCAAGUCUAGUGGCUUCACAAACAUCACCCUAUCUUCCUAUCUCAUACCCACUGAGCUCAUAUUACCCGGCUGGUUACAAUACGCAAUUCAGAACGCCAUGGUGGGAAUCAAGGGUUGACCUUUAAGGAAAAGGGUGGAAGUGUUUCUUUGGUGAUGUUUCUAGGUUUCUUUCUUUCUUUUUUGGGGGCAGGGACAGAUGGCCCACCAUGACUUGUGACCUAGCACACCCAGGAUCAACAGAGGCCCCACAUUUACUCUGCAAGCUGACUCCAGGAGGGUUUGCAGUCCUCACUCAUUCCCCUACACCACCACACACAUCUGACAUUGGUCUCUACCCGCACUCUUAGCUAGCUGGCGCUGGCCUCAACUCCAAAGACUGCCUUUAGGACCAUCCAAUGGCCUAUGCAAGCAAGCGGGGUGGUUAUUAGGACAGAUUGUAUAUUUUGUAUAUUCUGGGACCAUCCCUUCAAGACACGUCUCAAAAACAAAUAUGGCAUUUGGUCCGCACAUGGUUGCUGCUCCUUCAUACCAGCUGGCUCCCCUCCUGUCCUCCUCUGAGUCUUUGACUCCUUGACUGUUAAAAUGUCACCCAUACAUACUUGGGAUACAAAACUGAAGUCUUUCAAAGGAAAUAACUUAAGAAACAUAAACACAUAUAUGACAGCAGCCUUCAAGAUCCUUGGCAUUUUGGGUUUUCAACUUUCUGCAACCUUUGUUUUCACUGAAAUGUUGGAACUACUUGUCCGAGGGUAAAGGAACCUCCUUGCCACAAAUGCCGUAGCUGCCAGUUGGACAGUCAAGGCGUUUCAAGGUCUGGCCCUUAGAAUUUUCUUUCUCUUUUUUUUUUUCAAUUUAGACCAAAAAAAACCCACAAAAAACAAAAAAACAAAAAAAUUUUUAAACACACACACAAAACAACAACAACAACAAAAGAAACAACACCCUAAGCAUACACAUAACCCGUGCACACACAGAAAACCUGUCCAUUUGCCGGAGGCAAUUAUGUAUAUGUUAGUUAGAGGGUAUUAAAAAAAAUCAGUUUUAUUCCAAAGAUUUAAAACUAGACAUGACUUAGAAACAAUUUCUGGAGCACUGCUUGCUGACAAUCUCAUAGUUCUCUACUGCGUUUGAGUGUGUGUCAUGGCCAGUCCAUCGAGGCGUAGCAUGGGAUUAUAUUUGAAUGUGUGGUGCAUCCUUUUUGGAUGAAGGAUGUGUGAGGGACCUUGAACCUCAGCUGUAUUAAACUGUAGCACCUCCUGUCAGUGCACUAGAUGAAACUUUAGACACCCACGUUUUGUUGGUUCGUUUCUUUUCCUUUCUGUAGCAGAGCUCCAGCAUCCAUGCACGCACACACCAGUGGUGGCCUUAAGCCAUGGCUGCCACAAUUUAUAAAUGUUCUCUCCCGAGCUGGAACUGCACUUCCCUCUCAAAAUGCUAUUAUUAAGGGUUUAUAAUACUUAAUUUAAUAUUUGAACUGACCAAUGCAAGGCUCUAUGAAAAAGAAAGUUUUGUGUUUUUUUAAUGAAUGCAAAAGAGUUAUCCUUACCGUUCGCUCCCUGUCCUCAUCUGUGGUCUUAUUAGAAUGUGGCAGAACAAAGGUCUUUUGGUCCUCCUCAGUGUCUGAAAUGUUGGGUAACUUCUCUCCUUUUUGUAUCCGUGAGGUCCUUUUUAAUCUGCUCCUGACCUUUCCCAGAGCAGGGUGCCUGAACCGCGAUGAUGGUGCUUGCUUGCUUGCUUCAGUCAUUUGUUGACUGUAAGAAUUGGCCUGAGAAUUCAGUGGGUGCUAAGUGCGUGGCUUUGAAACUACUGUUCUCUAGCUCAGAUUGACACCCAUGAAUAAUAACCAGUCCAGACCAGGGGGUGGGGGUGGCCCCGAUAAUUUUGGAAAUGGAUUUUUGAUCAAUUGUCCAUCAUCUCUGAUGUGCACAGGUUUUCCAAGAAAUAACCUGAGUGUACUUGGCUCCAGAGAGGACUGGUUAUUUUAAGCAGUGCUUGAGGGGACAUUUGAAACCCCUUUCUCAUUUAAAUUGUUACCUCCUAACGUUCCAGGGCAUCCCAGGUUUGAAAGGAAAAAGCUGGCAUGCUGUUUCCUGUGGCUGUCCUCUCAAGCACACUCUAUCCAGGGUUCAGAGUUGGAUGGGUAGAAAAAGUGUUUCUAAGCCACUGACACUUUUCUUUAUUUCAAGUUGUGCUUCUUUCUCCUACCACAUGGCUGCAAAACAGAGAUGUGGAAACCUGAGAUACAGUGCUGCUCCUAGCUCCUGGCGUCCUGCCCCACUGUUGGUUCACUGGCCCAGCUUACGCCUGGUGGUGAUGAGUAUCAUGUCCAGAAGAAGAGAUGUUUGGAUUCCAUGACAAAGCUGCAUUUCGUAAAGAUAUUGGAGACUCCAAAACGACCUUCAUGCUGACCAUUGCCUUCUCCUCUCUCUGUGCUUUCCCUGCAAAGCCCUGCAAACACCCUUUCUCUCGAUGCCAUCUCCUCCCACCUGCACCUCCUGUGCUCUUUCCAUCUUCGAUUGCCUGAUUAUAACAGGGUAAAAAGACAGCCAACCUCAUGCAUGAUGAGCAGAACGGAUUCCUAGUUUUAAGAAAUCUUCUUUGCAGCCAGAGAAGAUUUUUUAAGGACUUUAGUUUGGUAUAAGGUUCCAGAUUAUCCGUGUCUAUCUGCGUCAAAGGGGAAAUAAACGGGGUUUUUCGGGUGGCUCAUCCAGCACUUUCAGAACGUUCUACCCACGGCCUUCACUCCUGCGUCCUAUGGGAAAGCCAAAAGAAAUAAACUCAAAUUGCAAGAAUAACAAAACCGGUGAUUAGUUUUGAUGGUUCAAAAUGAUUUCCUCUACGGGAGUCACUUUAUAAAUUGUAAGAUACUGCAAGGCGGGAAGUGCUUCUGUCUUUUCUUAUGUCUGAGUUGCUUUUUUUUUUUUUUUUUUUU